GAUUUUGAGGAAACAGAGCCAGCUGAUAUGGGAUAUGUUUGUUCCUUGUGCAGUUGUGCAUUUGAUAAUCUUAUAAAGCUCCAAAAUCACAUGGAAACUCAUAGAAAUGUACAAACUGACAAAUGUGUUCUAUACAAAUGUGUUCUGACAAUGGACAUUGGAAAUGAAGAAUCCUCCAGAUUGCCAAAGUGCAAUGAAUCGGGGUCAGUGUAUGGCCAGGAAUGGGCAUAA